AUGUACAUCAUUUUCAACGUUGCGUUCGCGAAAGCAUGGGGUGCCACUCCGCCCAACGUUGGCAUCGGCCCCUGCCGCAGGAACGCGACGCACCCUGCGCCAGGCUCGGAAGCAUACAACAAGACGCACAACAUUUGCGACUCGUUCCCCAUGUACAUGGAGGUCGACUACAUCCGCAUCUACCAAGACGUGUCCGCGAUGACGCUGGGGUGCGACCCGCCGACUCACCCGACCAAGCAGUGGAUCGACGAGCAUCUCAAGGACUACACGGAUGCGAAGAACCCCAUGACCCGCGUCGACGGCGGCGCGACUUGCAACUCGGACGACGACUGCCUCGCCAUCGGCACCACGGUUCCGAGCGGCCGGUGUGCGGAACGCCGGUGCUUCUGCGUCAAAGGGUAUGGCGGCCCCCGGUGUACCAAAUUUGUCGGCGCGAAAUCCAUCGACACCAAAUCGCCCAACUUUUUUGGCCCGCAAUAUCUCUACCCUGUCGUCCUCAUCAGCGUCGUCGCGCUCGUGCUCGUCCUGACGACGGUCGUUCGACGAAAGCGCCACGCAGUCGCGGUGGCUGUGAUGGCCAUCGCGACUACUUCAUCCACCAAGCAGUUAGACCAAAGUGAUGCUGACGACGACCAUGUUCUGCUACUGCGCUCGUUCUUCUCGGCAAAAGAUGGCGACUAUAGCCUUGUUGGCAUACUCGACGUUUCGAUUCCAAGUUCACACUGA